AUGUCCCAUCCGUUACCUGCAUCCCUUCGAGCAGCCUGCGCUCAUCCGGACUCACUAUUCACCCUUCCAGAAGAGGAUCUCCUGCGCCUGGUAUAUAAGGAGUUUCCCCAAGAGAUCGACCGUCUCAAGAGAGCAUACUCCGUUCGGCCCGUAAACCGGACGCUCGUAGCACUCCUGACGCUACGAUGGAUUCACACAGGACAAUAUGAGAUCUUCGUUGGUUCCCAGCCUCCAGAGCUCCGCUUAUCGAGCUCCUCAUUCGAUUGGAUCCGGAAAUUCUACGCCCAAGUCAUCAAGAGCCCUAACGAUCUCUACAUCCUCAUCACCUCCGUCGUCAUUAAUGAUCUAGGCAAGGAUCCGCAGCUCGCAUCGGACUGCCGCGACCUAACGGGGAAAGACAUCUCUACUCUCAACCACGACGCCAUCCUCCUCAACGCCUGCACGACCGCACAGAGCCUCGUCCCAGCGCUGGCUCGCUUCUCCGCCCCGCAAGACAGGGACAAGCUCAUCAGGGGGAUCAAAAUUGGCGCAUCAUUCAACUUUGGCCAGCUGGCACAGGCAGAAAAUGCUCCCGCCUGCCUAUCCGUUUUUCAGAUGAUGGAGGCUCCUCACCACCGCCACAGCUUCCAGCUCCGCUUCAUGGAGCAGCUACUUGAUGUUGCUGGCACGGCAGGUCACCUGGACUGGACCUGUGCGAAGACUCUCAUCCAGCCGGUUUUUAACGCGUAUUGUGAUGUCUACGAUGCCUGCGAGGGCGUCAUGGCUGGCACACUCGAUGUGCGCAGUGGAUAUGACCUUGUCUUGGCUCGACGGGCAGAUCGGCUCCAUAGCACGGGAUUCCGGCUGCUUCAUGUGGAGGAGGAUAGAGAAGACCGUGCCCUGAUGCGGGUGUUAUGCAUGGGGAGCGUGACGUCGCUGGACACCGCGCGGCGCUAUGAAGCCGCAUGGAGGACUCUCGGCAACGCGACCCGGGAGGCGCUGGUAAACGAUCUUAAUAUUGUUGGCUCGAAGGAUGCGCCAGCCGUCCAGCCGACUUACAUGCCGGCAUUGCUUUGCAGCGUCCACGAUGACCAGCGAGCGUUGACAUGUGCAUUGGGGUAUCUUGCUCGGGUCAUGGGUGCGACGAAGAAUCUGACCAACUCCACACCGGUGGUUAUUGAGAGGAGUGUCUUGGGCGUGCUGAAGCAGUACAUUGAGAACGAAGAUUUUGGCCCUACUGUUCUGGAAAGGGUUGAUGUACCAGAUGCUGCGGUUGCUCUGUAA